GCAUACCAAAAGUACUAGUAUAUAAGUGCACUACAAUUUCAACGUCGGCUGAUUUGACCACGGAGAUCCGAGUGUCGGCUGGCUAUGACCGCAGUACUGAAGCCUCAGAAAAAAGAUCUGCAGAUUUUGUGAGCUCAGAGCUCAGGGCUCAGUGAUGACGAAGAACAGGAACAUGUGAUGGUGUGAGAGUUUAGACGGUGCUGGAAACUUUCAUAAGAGGACUUGUGAAGCAAGAAGGAAGGGAGGACGUACAUAAAAGACCACCAACUCACUGUCUGUGAUCAUUCAAUCGUCAAACAUUACAGGAGGUUAAAUAAUGGACCUGCCUCUGACCCUACAUGUGCUCCUACUUCUCUGUUUUCUCAACACUGCUGCUUGGGCAUGUCCAGAUGGGUGUAAAUGUCAAGCAACCAAAAUCAUCUGCGUUGGCCUCUCUGACUUCCCUACAACUGUACCAUCUGCUACUAACGCCCUCUACUUCUCGAAUUGCAGUAUCAACUUCCUGAAACCAGAGGACAUGACUGAUUUCUCUAAUUCCCUUAGCACAUUUGUUAUUAAAGACACUGUUUUGAGGGAAGUGCGCACUGGUACGUUUGAUUUUACUCCGAACCUAGUUGCCCUACUCUUUAGUACCACCGAACUGCAUGAUCUCCCUGAGGCCUUGUUCCAAAAUCUUCAGAAGCUCGAGAAUCUGAAUCUGAAGAGCAACAAGCUCUCUGUACUCCGCCCUAACUGGUUUUCCACGUUGGCAGAGCUGAAAGUGCUGGACCUCAGUAAGAACCUUUACACAUCUGUACCUGUGGAAACAUUUCAUCCUCUUACUGAACUGCAGUACCUUUUUCUUUCUGGAAACAUUAUCAGUCAAUUACAGAGAGAAACUUUCAAGGGUCUUUCUAAGCUUAAAACCUUACGGCUUAACAAAAACUUGCUACAGGAACUCCCCCUUGGCAGUUUGGAUGACCUUAAAGACCUGGAGGAACUAUCUCUACAUGACAAUCUAAUUACUCAUAUGCACCCUGACCUGUUCUCCAAGACUUUGAAACUCCGGAAACUGUUCCUCUCCAACAACAGGCUCACAUCUCUUCCACAAGGGAUCUUAUUAAACCUGCCCCUCCUUUCCCAGAUCUCCCUGUAUGAAAAUCAACUGGAGAGUCUGGGACCAGGAGUGUUUGGGCCCAUGGCCCUGAAGGAGUUGUGGCUGUAUGACAACAAGCUGAGCCGUUUGGAGGAUGACACAUUCAGGAACUUGACUCAGUUGCAUCUCCUGGUAAUCAGUCGCAACCGGAUCAGCUAUGUAUCAAAAAGGGCCUUUGGAGGGUUGGAGCAGCUGGGAGAGGUAUCCCUUCACACCAAUCUGCUCACAACCCUGCAAGCUGGGACCUUCCAAGGUCUGCCCAGUCUGGUCAACAUUUCCUUGGAGCACAAUGACAUAAGCUCCCUCCCUCUGGGUUUUCUCCAGGGCCUGAGCAACCUGGGACAGAUAGACCUGCGAAAUAACUCCCUUCCCAACCUGCCACAGGAGAGUCUAGAUGCCCUCACUGCAGCAAAGGAAGUUCUCCUGCAGCAGAACCCCUGGAGGUGUGACAAGGAUAUUUUGCCACUUAGAGACUGGAUGUUACAGCACCAAUCUAAGGUCAACCAAACUCUUGUGGUCUGUGAAACACCUUUCAGUAGGAACGGUGAGGUAAUUGCUCUGCUGGCAGCUGAGAACUUCCUGCCUCUCAGCUCUACAGAGCAGCCUGUGUUGACCUCAACAGAGAAAAGGAGAAAACCCCACACUCCUCCAACUAGACAAAGCACUUCCUCACCUGCUGUCAAGACUACCCUCACCUCAGAGCACAUGGAGGUUACGAGCGGUGGACAAGGGGAGAAGGAAACGGUUUCAAAUGAUACUUCGAUCAUUCUCAUCGUCAUCGCAGUAGUGGCCACCGUCAUCAUCAGCACUGUGAUCAUCAGCUGUUUGUGCUGGAAGCGAAACAAAAGAGGCAGGGGAAAUAUAGCCGGCAGAAAUAAGAACUCUGUGCUGUAGAUUAGACCACCCAAUAUUCGCAACCCAAGAACUUUUAAAGCCAAGGGGAAACUGCUCUGAUUGCUAUGGUUUACUUGGAAAAUGUGCAGCCCAGAGUGAAUAUUUGAGCCUAAAAGACAACAGAAAGAACCACUUCAUUCAGAUGUACCAGCUAGAACAGACAAGUAAACCUUUGAAUUCAUUAGCUUUUAAUGAACUUUUAAUGAUCACAAUUACCAGCCAGUAUUCAUCUUCAUUUGUGCUGUAAAAACAGAAAUUGUAUGUACUAAUGGUAAAAACACCCACAUUGCCAUCUUGUGGACAAACUGGACAUUUUGGUGAAUGUUAGCUCAGAUGCACUGAAACACUGUGACUUCUUCUAGUAGAAUUAAAACUGAAUUCAGUAUUGUCUAUUAUCCAGUAUUAAUAAUUGCAGUUUGACAAUUGCUUUUGUGCUAACAACAAUACGUUGAGGAGACGGUUUUACUUUCUUUUGCAAAAUGGUAUCCAUGAAAAAUCAAAUCAUGUCAUUUUGACUCCACUGUAACACAAUUCAUCCUAUAGUUUACACACUUGCAAUACCAAAUGCUACUAUACAAUGAAUAAAUGCACUAUUUUAGUGGGAUAAAUUGUACAUAGUGUAAAUCAUUUACUGAACUAAGUGUUAUUACAUGCAAGCUUCCCUUCCUGAAUCUAUAGCAAAUUAUUCGAUAUCGACCUAUUUUUUUUAGGAGUGUAGAGGAGGAUAAAACUCCCCAAAUGCUUCUGAAAAUGAGUUUACCUACACAUACAGGUUAAGUUAUAAAAAUUGGAAGUUACAAUGACAUACUGUGUUGUACAUUACAUGAGAAAAAAUACAUUAACACAUCUAAAAGUAUUUAAGAUGAUGUUAUUUGUCAGUAUGCUGUGGUCUACGUUUUGCAGGACGUUGUGAUCACAACAUUUUUAAUCAACUGUAUGUUUCUGAUUAUGUUGAUUAUACCAAAUCAUUUUGUGGGAUUUUCAGAAUAACAAAGAGAAGUUCAAACUGAGUAAUUUUAAAAGUGGUCAUGGUGAAGGGAAGAAGGAACAGCAUGAUACUGCACCAGAAACUUGUUGCUUGGUGGCAUUCACAGCAAUCUGUAUUUAUUUUGCAAUGUAGUGAUGGUGUACAUUUAUCACUGGUAAUAACAACAGCCACCUAUCUGACUUAUGUCUACUUUCCUCUCCAUUUAAUCAGUUAUACACAAAAUACUGCCAUCUAAUGGAAGAAAGUCAGAAAAAGUUUGAAACAUUUGGACAAAAGCCAAGUAUUCCACCCUUUGCUUUGCCUGCAGUUACUGAUGCCUGCCAAAUCAAAUCAGUAAAAAAUGCCGUAAUGUAUGUCUAAUUGUUUAAUUUUUUUUUUUAAUUUAAGGUUUAUUUGACAGGGAAAAAUGCAUAGAACAUUGCUUUAUAAAGAAUACAAAGUAGAUGCCAUGCAUACAGGUUUAUAGCCAUGACUAAUUUGCAACCCCUGUCCCUGGUUAGGCUUUUAAAAUUAAAACAGAAAUUACAGAGUAUUAAUUUAAAAAUGUAUAACUAUUUAAAAUACAUACAAUAAAUACAUCCCAUAUAUGAAAUAAAAUAUGGACUUAAAUGAAUGUAGAAAUCACUAUAAAACAGAGUUUAGACACAUUUAACAGUACAAGAACUGUAGGAAAAAAAGCGACUGAUUCUACUCUGGCUCAAAAAGCCAAAGUCUUUUAAGAACCACCGGUCACUUCUGAAAGUUUCCCCUUUAAUUUUGUGUUCGUUGAAAGGCAGACCAAGAAAUGAAUACUCAGGAUUUGUUCAGUUAAACUAUAACAAUCUUUAGUAAAAUGAUAUUGAAAACAGAUAUUUCAUAUGCAUAUAGAUCAGCCGCUCCUUCGAGACUUUCUCUCCCUAACCACCAACAAAGUCUUUCCGGGUCUGACCUUGGACCUUCCUUUUCCCUAUUCUUUUAUUCAUCUUCAGGUUCCUCUUCCCGCCAUUGCGUUUGGGCCGCCAAUUGGUUGGAUAUCACUCAGACUUUCUGUCUCUAAGAAGAUAGAGAAGUUGCGCGCUAGCCUUGGGAUCACUCUCAUUCUCUUCUUCUCUCAUGGCCUAAAGAUUGUCUGUUCCUUUAAGAGAUUUCAUUAGGUGCAUUCUGUUCCAAUUGUUUAUUAAACAAAUCAGGAGCACUUUUGCUCCACUAAAUUUGAACCCGUCUUAUCUUACAGAUGCCAGACAGGAGGAGACAGCGAGGUCAUCCCAGGCUACAGGACAUUCUUAUUCUAAACCCAAUAUAUUUCUACAUUACACAAAAGUGUGCAUAUGUCUGUGCAUGCUAACAUAUGCAACAUUAUGUUUGUAUAAAUUGUGUUGUAUCUAGUACAGUCAAUGUUCACAGAGUUGUUUCAGUUUCAGCCACUGCUUUAAAUGUGUAUUAAAAACCUUGAGUUCUGUCAA